UUUUCUCUUCCUUGCAGCAGCUCCGCAGUGUGUGGGGAGCCGGGAGUGCUCCUAGCCAGCUCCUGAUCCUGCCAGUCCAGAGCGUCAGGCUCAGAGUGGCUCUACAGGGCUGUACUCUCUACACCUUACCUGAGGCCUGUCUCUUCAUCCUCCCAGACACCAUGAGGAGCAGCCUGCUGUUUGCAGCCAUCCUGGCCCUCAGUCUGGGUUCCAGCUCUGGGGCUGUCUGUGAGGAGUCACAGGAGCAGAUGGUACCCAGUGGGACCCACAGCAAGGACCCAGCUCUCUACCAGCUGCCCCCAUCGUUGCUGCGGAGACUCUACGACAGCCGCUCAGUCUCUCUGGAUGGACUGCUGAAAGUGCUGAGCAAGGCUAGUCUGGAUCCUAAGGAACCACCCCUUCCCCAGAAACGUGACAUGCAUGAUUUCUUCGUGGGACUUAUGGGGAAGAGGAAUAGCCAGUCAGACAUACCUACUGAUGUGAAUCGAGAGAAUAUCCCCAGCUUUGGCACUCUCAAGUAUCCCUCCAGUGCAGAAUGAGCACUCUACUUCUGGAGCCUGGGCUGCAUCGUAGAGACACUGUUACCUGUCCUAAUCCCAAGUGCAUGUUAUCCUGCUUCCCUUCCAUUCCUGUUCCUGUAACAUUCUUGUGCUUUGAUUCCUUCUCUAUCCCUUCUCAUAACUGGUUGCUAUCCCCAAUCCUGAUGGGCACUGACUGUG